GUGCGUGUGCGUGCGUGCGUGCGUGCGCCCGCGUUGCGGGCGGGCCAGUGAAGCCGGCGGUCCCGGCACGUGAUCCGGGACUGGCGGUGUCGCUUGGUGGCUCGGUGUGUCUGUGCGUCCGCGGGUGCCAUCAUGGCGGACGCGGCUAGUCAGGUGCUCCUGGGCUCCGGUCUCACCAUCCUUUCCCAGCCGCUCAUGUACGUGAAAGUGCUCAUCCAGGUGGGAUAUGAGCCUCUUCCUCCAACCAUAGGACGGAAUAUCUUUGGGCGGCAAGUGUGUCAGCUUCCGGGUCUCUUCAGUUACGCUCAUCACAUUGCCAGCAUCGAUGGGCGGCGGGGGUUGUUCACCGGCUUAACUCCAAGACUGUGUUCAGGAGUCCUUGGAACUGUGGUCCAUGGUAAAGUUUUGCAGCAUUACCAGGAUGGUGACAAGCCUGAGGAGUCGGGACCUGGAAGUGUACAAAAAGAAGGCUCGCCUUCCUUUGACCAAGUUAUCAAAGAGACAACCCGAGAGAUGGUCGCUCGCUCUGCUGCUACCCUCAUCACGCACCCCUUCCAUGUCAUCACUCUGAGAUCGAUGGUACAGUUCAUAGGAAGAGAAUCCAAGUACUGCGGGCUCUGCGACUCCAUAGUGACCAUCUACCGAGAAGAGGGCAUCCUGGGAUUCUUCGCAGGUCUGAUUCCUCGCCUGCUGGGGGACAUCAUUUCCUUGUGGCUGUGCAACUCGCUGGCCUACCUCGUCAAUACCUAUGCCCUGGACAGUGGGGUAGGUAUGGCGCACGAUGGGCUGGCAUGGGCUGUGGGCCUCCCUUGCUGGGCAGAAUGGGAGGGAGCUUGAAAUGAUGAGUCCUAU